AUGUCAAAGAAACCAUCAAGAUCCACUACACCACAUCGUUUAUCACGUCCAUCCAACGUACUUCCAAUAUCUCCGGGAGUCCAUUAUCCUAUUGAACUGGACAAAACACCAGUAGAUGAUUUAUCAUCCCAAUUUAUAGAAUUGAAUGAUUCUUUAGUGGACCUAGACUCCAAUGUCCAACAGAUACAACAGAUCCACGAAUCACUAAACAGUUUCAAUGAAAGUUUUGCAAGUUUCUUAUACGCACUUCAAGUGAAUGCUUACGUUACUGAAUUUAACGAAGUGCCUACAAAUUUCAAAGAGUUUAAGAAAGUUAUUGGUAUCAAUGAAAAAAUUGAAAAACUUGAAUCGAUACUGAAUGAAAGAGAAGUUCCCAUCAAUUCGAAUACCAAUGUUGGUGAUGAUACAUAUAUGACGAAUGACGAUGAUGGAAGUUUCGUGGUACAACCUAGAAAUUCAAUAUUACCAUCUCAACCUCAGCAGAGAUCUGGGAUCGCUACCACCAGCACCACUGCAAGACAGAGACAGAGUACCAUUGGUGCAUCUACUGCAAACCAAGGAAAAAAUAAUAGUAAGAUACCCGUUGGUAAAAGGGUUAAAGUUGGUGGUCCUGUCAAAGAUAAAAGACCACCUUUUAGAUAG